AUGUCUGUUGCGAUCGCCGAACAUGAUCCCGAGAAGUCGUCCCUCACCACAGAAGAGAAGGCGGCGGUGGGGAAGGGCGGCAUCGUGGCCGGUCAAGUCGAUGUGCAUCUGGUUGACGAGGAGUUCGGUGGGACCGAUGCGAGACGCAAGUUGGAGCGCAGGUUGCUUUUGAAGCUGGAUCUUCGGAUGUCCAUUAUGAUCGUGAUAUACAUCUUGAACUAUGUUGACAGAAACAACGCUGCUGCCGCAAGGUUAAAAGGCCUGGAGAAGGAUCUCAACCUUACGGGUCAGCAGUUCCCGACAUUACUGUCCAUUCUUUAUGUGGGAUACAUCCUCAUGCAAGUCCCAUCGAACAUGUUCUUGAACUAUAUCGGCAGACCGAGGAUCUACCUACCUACGUGCAUGAUCAUCUGGGGGAUGAUAUCUACUCUCACUGGAAUCACCACCAAUUUCGUGAGCGCUCUGUUGACGCGUUUCUUCCUGGGAUUCGUCGAGGCUGCAUUCUUCCCCGGCGCGCUCUUCCUGCUCAGCAAAUGGUACACCAAGUCGGAGCUUGGGUCACGCAUAUCGAUUCUGUACUGCGGAAACAUCAUCUCUAACGCGUUUGGCUCGUUACUCGCGAGCGGCAUUCUCAGUGGUAUGGAUGGAGCAUUGGGUCAUGCCGCUUGGAGAUGGUUAUUCUACAUCGAGGGCGCUCUCACGAUGUUCUUUGCUAUCCUGGCCCUAUUCAUCCUCCCCGACUUCCCGAACAACACUGCGUGGCUAAGCCCACAAGAGCGCCGACUAGCCGAGGUCCGCAUGGCUAGCGACUUUGCAGGCAUCGGCGAUGAACAAGAGACCGAGAGCGGCAGCGUCUUCUAUGGGUUGAAGCUCGCAAUGACGGACUGGAAAGUGUGGUGGCUUGCCGUUGCACUUUGCAGUAACGUCAUAUCGCUCUCCUUCAACGCGUUCUUCCCGACGUUGACCGCAACGCUGGGAUUCAACACGACUAUCACCCUGGUGCUCUGCGCCCCGCCGUUCAUUUGGUCUGCUAUCGAGACGUACCUCUUGUCGUGGCAUUCAGACAAAGCCGGCGAGCGCUUCUGGCACAUCGCCGCAUCGUUAUCGCUCGGCAUCGUCGGGUUCGUCAUCGCGAUGGCCACGUUGAAUACGGCGGCCCGAUAUGUCUCGCUAUUCCUUAUGGCGCAAUCCUAUGCCGGCUAUGUCAUCUUCUACGCCUGGAUCAGCAACUCGUUUGCGCGGCCGCCUUCAAAGCGCGCUGUGGCCCUCGCUUUCACGAAUGCAUUCGCUCAACUUGGAAACGUAGCUGGAUCAUAUGUCUGGCCCUCGAGCUGGGGCCUGUCCUACCUCAACUCAUACGCGAUCUGCAUAUCGUGUCAAGCCCUGACAAUCAUUAUGCUCGCCUUCUACCGAGCACACCUAAGGAAGCUGAAUGCAAGGCUGGACUUGGAAGAAGAUGCUCGUGGCGUGCCUGCUGAGAAGCGUGGAUUCCGAUACAUGUUGUAA